CUCUUCUCCUUUCUAGCUUUCUUGGCUUGGAUGUUGAGAUGGCCCUCUUGUUUUCAUUCUGCUAAAUUCCCUGUGCAUCUGGUAAUAUACCUCACCAUGGCACGGAAGGACACUGUACCUCUGCCGACUCUGAAGCUACUGUUGAUUGGAGACAGCGCAGUGGGGAAAUCCAGCCUUUUGCUGAGAUUUGCUGAAGACACGUUUGAGCCAUACCUCAGUCCAACUAUUGGUGUUGAUUUUAAAGUGAAGAAAAUGGUGGUUGGGAAUUUCCCCAUUCAGUUAGCAAUAUGGGACACAGCGGGGCAGGAAAGAUUUCGAACAUUGACUCCAAGCUAUUAUCGAGGUGCUCAAGGUAUAAUUUUAGUUUAUGAUGUUACCAGGAGAGAGACGUUUCUGGGCCUGGAAAGCUGGCUACAGGAGCUAGAGAUCUAUACCAAGAAGAAUGUUGUGAAGAUGCUGGUAGGCAACAAAAUUGAUGAGACCAACCGUGAAGUAGAAAAAAGAGAAGGAUUGCUAUUUGCACAGAAACACUCCAUGCUCUUUAUAGAAGCCAGUGCUAAAAUGAAGGCUGGAGUGCAAAGUGCCUUUGAGGAGGUCGUCAUGAGGAUCCUGCAAACUCCUGAGCUUUGGAACAUCAGAAGAGAGGGAGUGAAGUUGGCAGAAAGCAGAUCCUUCAGAGAAGCAGAUGCCUGCAAUUCCUACUGUUCUGUUGCUUAA